CCCCUACACACAACACAAGCAAGCGAAAAACGGUCUUUAUCUCUCUAUCUAGAAGAAAAAAGAAAAGAAAAGAAGGUUAAAAAUGGCGGAUGCAAUGAUAUCAGUGGAAAAAAUCAAAGCUUUUUAUCAUUCGCAGAUCCAUGAUCCAGAUAAAUGGGAUCUCAACAAGAAAUUACUCCGUGCAUUAGGUCUCUUUGCUGGCUCCAUCGUCUUGAUGCGCCAAUAUGGUGAUCUAAUGGCAAUAUAACUAUGGAUGAUGAUUGCGCUCCCAGAAGUCGAGUUUCCAGUUAAUUUUGUUUCUGCACAUGGUUUUCCCAUAUGAAACAAUCCAUCAACUGAAAGGCGAUUAAAUGAAUUUUCUUUGUUUAGAAUUAGAAUCUUGAUUAUGAUUCGUGUCAUGUUGGUCCUUAAGUAUUAUGAAUGCUAGCGAAUUGCAUAAAUUGCAUCAAUGUUUCUUUUCAAGAGUUGCAUCUAUAUUCUGUAUUAUUUGAUCCUUUAAUCGCACAAGAAUUGUUGUGUA